GUAGCCCCGCCCCCUCAGCUGUUGAUGACUUCCGCUUCCGGGUUCUUCUUCGUUCGGCAGCGGAGGAAGAUGGCGGCGGCCCAGUCCGACAGAGACCCGUCCGUCCUGAGCUCCGAGUUCCUGAACUUCUCGGCCAGAGACACCGCGUCGAAUCCUUUGCCUGGGGCCGAGUGGGGAAGCAGCAGGGAGGAGCAGAGGGAGGAGCAGAGGGAGGACCUGGCCUGUCAGCUGCUCCUCCUGGCUCCUCUGGAGUGGCUCCUGCUGGGUGAGGAACCGGCCACAGGCCUGGUCCUCCUGCAGGAGAACAACCAGCCGUCACCGCUGUGUGGACAUGUGUUCAAGGUGGGAGAGCCCACCUACUCCUGCAGGGAGUGUGCAGCUGAUCCGACUUGUGUUCUGUGCAUGAAGUGUUUCCUGGGCAGCGUUCACAAAGAACAUCGAUACAGGAUGACUACGUCAGGAGGUGGAGGGUUCUGUGACUGUGGAGAUGCUGAAGCCUGGAAGAGAGGACCUUACUGCCAGAACCACACACCUACAGCCAGCAGAGACACCGAGGAGGAUCCUGUCUCUGUACUCCCUGCUGACAUGGUCACUCGUGCUUCCAGCAUCUUCUCCAUCCUGCUGAAGUUCUCUGUGGACAUGCUGACCUGGAACCAGGAGGACCAGCUACCUGCAGGACUGGAGCCUCCGGACAGAGGAGACACCUACUACUGCAUGUUGUUUAAUGACGAAGUCCACACCUAUGAACAGGUGAUCUACACGCUGCAGAAAGCCGUCAACUGCAGCCAGAAAGAAGCCGUCAGCUUCGCCACCACCGUGGACCGAGACGGCAGGAAGUCGGUUCGAUAUGGAGACUUCCAGUUCUGUGACCAGGCGAAGUCUGUAAUAGUGAGGAACACCAGCCGUCAGUCCAAACCCCUCAGGGUCCAGGUGAUGCACUCGUCUGUGGUUGCUCAUCAGUGUUUUGCUCUGAGGGCUCUCAGCUGGUUGGGUCAGAUCAUACAGUACUCUGAUGGCCUGAGGAGGAUCUUGUGUGAGGUCGGCCUGCAGAAAGGUCCAGAAGGAGAGUACUCAUCUCUGGUGGACAAGCUGAUGCUCAACGACUCCAAGAUGUGGAAAGGAGCCAGGAACAUCUACCACCAGCUGCUGAUGAACAGCCUCCUCAUGGACCUCAAAUACAAGAAGCUCUUUGCCAUCCAGUUUGCCAAGAGCUAUGAACGCUUGCAGUGCGACUACGUGAUCGACGACCACGACCGUGAGUUCUCCGUCACUGACCUGUCAGUGCAAAUGUUCACCGUCCCGUCGCUGGCCCGGAUGCUGAUGGUGGAGCAGAACCUGAUGACGACCAUCAUCAGGACGUUUGUAGACCACCUCCGCCACCGAGACUUGCAGGGACGCUUCCAGUUCGAACGCUACACCGCCCAGCAGGCCUUCAAGUUCGGACGGGUCCAGAGCCUCAUCGGAGACCUCAAGUACGUCCUCAUCAGUCAACCCUCUGAGUGGAGCGACCAGCUCAGACUGAAGUUUCUAGAAGGUCUGGAUGCUUUUCUGGAGCUGCUCAAGUGUAUGCAGGGUAUGGACCCGGUGGUGAGACAGGUGGGGCAGCACAUAGAGAUGGAGCCUGAGUGGGAGGCAGCGUUCACUCUGCAGAUGAAACUGACUCACAUCAUCUCCAUGAUCCAGGAGUGGUGCUCCACUGAUGAGCACGUUCUAAUCGAGGCCUACAGGAAGUGUCUGAGCGCGCUCAGUCACUGUCACAACGGCCUUCCAGACGGUGAGCAGCCAAUCAGCUUGAGUGUUGCUGGUCACUGUGUCGAGACGUUCAGGUACCAGGUGUCUCAGGACAAAGUAUCCAUACACCUACCAGUCUGCAGACUGCUGGCAGGUCUCCAUGUUCUCCUCAGCAGGACAGAAGUUGCGUUUCGUUUCCCUGAACAGCUUCCUCUGGUCAGUUACCCGUCUCCCCCCCUCCUGAUCGAAUUGCCCCUCCGUUGUCUGGUGCUCUGUGCCCAGGUGCAUGCUGGGAUGUGGAGAAGGAACGGCUUCUCCCUGAUCAACCAGAUUUAUUAUUAUCACAACGUCAAGUGCCGAGUGGAGAUGUUCGACAAGGACAUCAUCAUGCUGCAGGCCGGGGCGUCCAUGAUGGAUCCAAACCACUUCCUGAUGAUCGUUCUCAGUCGAUUCGAACUUUUUCACAUUUUCAGUUCCGCUGACUGCAGGAAAAGAUACAGAGAAGCUAACAAGGAUGUGGUCCAGCAGAACAACACUCUGAUCGAGGAGAUGCUUCACCUCGUCAUCAUGGUCAUUGGUGAGCGCUACGUGUCAGGUGUCGGCCAGGUGGAGCCCUUCGAUGAGGUCAGAAGAGAAAUCAUCCACCAGCUGUCAAUCAGACCCAUGGCUCACAGCGAGCUGGUGAAGGCUCUGCCAGAGAAUGGGAAUAAGGAGACAGGUCUGGAGAGAGUCAUCGACAGUGUUGCUUCAUUCAAGAAACCAGGUGUGACGGGUCGAGGUCUGUAUGAACUACGUCCUGACUGGAACAAACACUUCAACCUGUACUUUCAUCACUACAGCAGAGCCGACCAGUCCAAGGCUGAGGAGGCUCAGAGGAAGCUGAGGAGACAGAACGGAGAGGACACAGCCCCCCCCUCCCCCCCUCCUCUCUGUCAUCUGUUUGGCAGCCUGGUGAACCUGCUUCAGUGUGACGUGCUGCUGGCUGUAGAGGGCGCCGUGCUGCAGUGGGCCGUGGAGCCAAGUGGGGGCUGGACAGAGUCCAUGCUGCAGAGGGUGCUCCACCUGGUGGGCUUGGCUCUUCUGGAGGAAGAGCAGCAGCUGGAGAGCAGCAGAGAUGAUGACGUCACCUUCAACUACACCUGCAAGAUCACACGUCCAGGUGAAGCUCCCAGUACUUCAGGAAGUGUCCUGGCGCUGUUGGAGAGUCUGCAGAACGCUCCUCACCUGGAGGUUCACAAAGACAUGAUCACCUGGAUCCUCAAGAUGGUUGCAAACAUCAAAACGAUGAGAGAACGAACGUCGUCCACUUUCACCGUCAGCGUCUCCCACAGACGGGGACCCGAAGAGACGGUGCGGGACAAAGACAAGGCGGAGAGGAAGAGGAAGGCGGAGAUGGCUCGUCUCAGGAGGGAGAAGAUCAUGGCUCAGAUGUCUGAGAUGCAGAAACAUUUCAUCAACGAGAACAAAGAACUUUUCCAGCAAAGUCUGGAGGAGCUGGAGGCGUCCACGUCUGCUGCUGCUGCUAAAAACAGUCCUCCCAGUUCGGACUCCACCUGUGUUUCACAGGUUUGUGUCGGUCCUAGGAGAGUGGGUGGAGCCGAGCGCCGUCAGCUGGUAACUUGUAUCUUGUGUCAGGAGGAGCAGGAGGUCAGAGGUCACGGCAGAGCCAUGGUGCUGGCAGCCUUCAUCCAGAGGUCGACGGUUUUGUCUAAAAACCGCCGUCGCAACCUACCUGACCCAGAGCGUCACGACCCUCUGUUCAUGCACCCCGACCUGUCGCUGGGCAUCCACACCGCCAGCUGUGGACACAUCAUGCACGCCACCUGCUGGCAGAGGUACUUUGAGGCGGUGCAGCUGAAGGAGCAGAGACGUCAGCAGCGUCUGCGAGGUCACACCAGCUACGAUGUGGAGAACGGAGAGUUCCUGUGUCCUCUGUGCGAGUGUCUGAGCAACACUGUGAUCCCUCUGCUGCCACACACACACACACCUGAACACAGUGUCGAUCAUCCCAGUCUGGAGGCGUGGCUUAAGACAGCCAAUCAGCAAAUAACAGCACUACACUCCGCCCACAGGAGGCAGUCUGACGGUGUAGCAGAGGGGGCAGAGCCUGCUGUUCCUGAGGGAUUCAGAGUCGACUACACUCCACAGAACCCGUUUUCCAGCAGCAUCAGGGAGAUGAUCACCACCUUCGGCAUGUCGACCUACAAGGUGGGACUAAAGGUGAACCCCAACGAGCAGGACCAGAGGGUCCCGGUGCUGAGCUGGUCCACUUGCGCCUAUACCAUCCAGAGCAUAGAGCGCCUCCUGAUGGAUGAGGAGAAGCCUUUGUUUGGAAGUUUACCUUGCCGACAGGAUGACUGCUUAAGCUCUCUUACCAGGUUCGGUUCAGCCUGUUGGACUGCAGCUCCACCAACAACAGUUCAGUCACACUUCAUCAGGCUGCUCGCAGCCCUGGUUCCAGACUCUCAGGUAGAGAACACACUCUGCAUCCUCGAAAUCGACAUGUUUCACCUGCUGGUUUACAGCGUGUUGGCAUACAGCUCGGUUCACAGUCUGGACCAAUCAGGACAGAGACUGGUAGACUCGGCCCACCUCCACCUACUUCACCUGGUCACUGUGGCUCACCUGGUUCAGAUCCUGCUCACCUCCACCACAGAGGAGGUGUGUAUGGAUCAGGACAGCACCGGAUCAGAGGAAGAGGAGCUCACCUGCCAGCUCUACAACACACUGAGGAAACACCUGGGCAGUGUGAUACCUGAGGUGACCUCUGGGUGGCAGCUGUUUCGUUGUGUUAGAGCUGGAAUCCUGCCGUUCCUCCGAGCCGCCGCCCUUUUCUUCCACUACCUGAACUCUACAGCGCCACCUGCUGACCUGCUGGUUGCAGGUCCUGGUCAGUGGGAGGCGCUGUGCAGUUUCCUCAAUCUGCCCUCCAACCUGCUGCAGCUCCACCAGACUCAACACACACUGCUGGAGCCUCUCAUACACAGCUGGUGUUGUCAUCCAGCAGUGAGACAGACGCUGCAGGUAAACGGAGUCGUCGUCAGGUUCCCCAGAGAAUCCAACCGACUGAUCCACCUGCCAGAAGACUACAGCGUCCUGAUCAACCAGGCCUCCAGCUUCACGUGUCCCCGGUCAGGAGGAGAUAAGUCUCGGGCUCCCACUCUGUGUCUGGUCUGUGGCUCCAUGUUGUGUUCUCAGAGUUACUGCUGUCAGACGGAGGUGGAGGGAGAGGACGUAGGAGCCUGCACCGCCCACACCUUCACCUGUGGAGCCGGCCUUGGCCUCUUCCUCAGAGUCAGAGAAAGUCAGGUGUUGUUUGUAGCAGGUAAAACAAAGGGCUGUUUCUAUCCUCCUCCGUACCUGGACGACUACGGAGAGACGGACCAGGGCCUCAAGCGGGGGAACCCCCUCCACCUCUGUUCCGAGCGCUACAGGAAGAUCGAGCGUCUAUGGCGUCAGCACGGCAUCGCUGAGGUCAUCGGUCACGCUCAGGAGGCCAAUCAGACGCUGGUCGCCAUCGACUGGCAGCACCUGUGAUGAUGGCCCCGCCCCUUUUAGUUACAGAUCCUUCUCUUAACCAAUCAGCUUCCUGCAGCCCAGCACUGAGCUCAGAUCAGCUUUCAGGGAUUUUUUUCAGGACUUUUGGCUUCUUGGUUUCUGUAUGAUUGAGGCUCCUCACCUUUGACCUCUGACCUCGUCCAUGUUUCACUCCAGCACUCAGACUGACUCCUCCCCUUGUUCCUGCUCACACAGACAGGAAGUUACGUUUCUUUUAGAUUGUUUUUUAUUCAUUUUUUCAGAUUUGCAUUCAUUUUGGAGAUUUUCUUAUUUGUUCUGAGAUCGAUGGAAUAAAAACUCAGUAACUUAACAAAGUGAAGCCCCGCCCACCUGCUGCUGCCGCUCACAGGUUGAUUGACAGGUUACUUUUCUUAAAUCAUAAACCCUCAUUUCGUGUUGCAUGAUGGGAAAAACAUCCCCUGGUUUCAGACUCAAGAAAUACGUUUUCUACAACUCCCAGGAUGCAUUUCAUUAACGGACAGCCAAUCAAAAGAGCUUCAGGAAGCUAAAGAUAACGCUUCUGGCUUUGUCUGCAUGGCAGUAGCAGCUGAGGCUCCUGGGUAUUGUAGUAUUUAGAGACAGAAAAUGAGCCUGUGUGAUGGUUCUGGGUUUGGUCCCAUUCAGAAGUCCCAUUAGAUAAAUGGUGAAAAUAAGAGCACAGAGUAUGUGAAGGCUUUUAUUCUGAAAUCUCUUCCUGCAGCGCUAAUCACCACGCCUCCUCCUGAGAGGCUCCUCUCUGGUUGGAGACGCGUAACCAUGGUAACCCCUGUGACAAGACAGUGAUUUAUAGAGAAUAUUUUACUGUUAUGAACCUGCCGCAUUGCAUGAUGGGAUGUGAAUGUCGGCCCAGCCCAGUGUUCGCUCACUGUGAUAUUUCACACUAGGUUUCAGACUCACUCAAAUUAAUUUAAUAGUCAGUGUGUUUCUUUUGAGGGUUUCCAUGGCAACAGUGCUUCUGCAGAAAUGAGUGUUUGAAGAUGAACGAUAUCUGUUUUCAACAUAUCAAACUUCUUUUUAAGAGGCAUCGUGGUUCAUGUGUUUGUUUUGGAGAGCUGUGAUGUCACUUCCUGUUAGAUGAGUUUUCUUAUUUAUUUAUUUAUUAGUUUCUUAUAAAAGGCAGAUUUUCCUUAAACUCCUGAUUCGACGAUGUUUGAAUUCAAUUUUUCUUUUCAGGUUUAAAUGAGAAGAUUAAUAAGCAUGUCGCCUCAUCAUCAUCUUCAUCUUCAGAUUUGUUAAUAUGUGAAUUCUUGUAUAAAUAACUAAAUGUACAAUAUUGUAUAAGAAUAACAAAACCAAUAAAAAAUUU